GGCUUGGGCAGCUGCAAGGAGCCCAGGGUCGGGGGUCUCUGGCCCGGCACUGACCCGCAGCUGAGGGGUGUCAGUCUGGAGGCUCUUCCCACGUGUCCUUCUGGGGACAAGGGAGUUCCCAGUUCUGGGGAAAACAGGAACAAAUGCACUGGUGACACGGAGCAGUUGAGGCCUUAGUGUGGAUGAUGUGGGAGGCUGAGCUCCUUCGUCCCCGGGGCAUUGCGUGGGCUGAAGAGGAAGGAGGCCUUUGAGGCAGAGUCUCUCCACCUCUAGCCAGGAUCCCUCCUCUCUGGAGGGAGCUGGGGCUGGGGUGGUGCAGAGAGGGGCACGGCACCUACGAGGAGCCCUGCAUGUCCGUCCUGUUGCCCCAGGGCCCUGCCCAGCCUUCUUAGCUGCCCAGAAUCCUCCAGGACUUCAGCCAAGCCUCGGUUGCCCGCAGUCCCCCAGGGCACCGGCACUGUAUUCUCUGUUGCCCCAAGCCCCGGGGCUCCUUCCGCACUGCAGAAGGGCAGCCCCUGGCACCCCGCUGUCCAUGCAAACCUCUGGCUUCCUGUGCUGGGCAUUUUCCCUGCAUGUUGACCAGCCCUUGUUGUUGGGGUUGGGGCUGGGGGUGGGCAAGGCUGCGUGCAGCCUGCCCUCCCUCCACCUGUCUCUGGAGGGCGCCCAGUCUCUCCAGGGCCCCUGGGUUCCACCUUAAACACGGCGCAGCUGUGGAGAAGCAAAUAAGCCACUCGAUAAAGUGACCUGGCCAGGAGCCCUGAGCACAGCUGGAAGGGGGUGACCAAUAAGAGCCCUCCAAGGGCGGGAUUUCUCAUUAGAUUUAUAGGACGAGAAGGCCCCAGGCUCACGCUGCAGCCUGGGAACCAAGGGAGCUCUUCCCUGCCCCAGUUCCUUGUAAACUCGCAGGCACCGACUUCUCCAUCCCUCCGGAUUCGGUGCCUGCUCAGUGUGGUUGCAGUGGGGACCUAGCAGGAGGGAGGACAGGCCUACGGGCAUCUCACCUAGGAUGCCCGGGGAGCAGACAAGCGUCACGCCAGGUGCAGGGAUGCACGGCUGUACCUUCACCUUCCUGCGGUGGCAGCAGCCUUUGCCAUGCCACCCCACCCCGCUGCCUGCAGCAAUUCUCAAGGGCUCUGUAGCAGCCCUUCCAUCUUGAAUCUCUCCUCUCUCGCAUGCUUUGUGAGUCUGACCAUCGAUUGAAUGCUGAGAGGCCUGGGGAAUUGGAGGCACAAGCGUUGUGCAGCAGAGGUAGCUUUCUUUUCCUCUUGCUGCAAAGCUGUCCUGUGUCCCUGGUGACCUCUCAACUCUGCCUUGAUCUCAGAGCUGGGUGGGGAGUCGGUGUCAUUUCUGCGCUGAUAAUAGACCGGGAAGGGAAGGAGUGUCUGUGGGAUAAAUUACUUUACACUCCUCCGGGCCUUUAUAUCCUCAUUGAAACUUCCUUUCAAAGAACAGGGUGUCUCCUCCCAGCUGGAGACAAUAAUACAGAAACAAAUCCCUCUGCAGGCCUCUGGCUAAUUAAAGUUCCUGCUCGUUUAUAAUUAUCACUGGAGUUCCAACCUUUAUUGUUCCAGGGAUAAAUAACUUGCUCGCAGCUCAUGCACACACACGCAGACCCAGCUGGCUAGCCUGCGGGUGACACUGCUCUCGUCCUCCUGUGUCCCGCCAUGUCCUUCAGCCACCUGAAGUUCAAGGAGCUGGGAGAAGAGGAGUCCAACUCGGAUGAGGAGAACCUGGACAGCGUGAAGGCCCUGACAGCCAAGCUGAAGCUGCAGACCAGGAGACCCUCCUACCUGGAGUGGAAGGCCAGGGUGCAGAGCCAGUCCUGGAGGAACGGGGCCAAGGAAGCCAACAUCGGCUUGCUCAAGGAAGAGCAGAGUGGAGACAUGGCUCUAGAGGGGAGUCCUACCCAGAGGGCGUCGGGCGGUAUCUGUGGGUUUGCCACGAUGGACGAUGCUCUGGAGUGGCUCAGGAAGGAGCUGGAGAUGCAGGCCGUGGACCACCAGCUGGCACGGCAGCUGAUGCAGCUGCGAGGGCAGAUCCACCGGCUGAAGGUGGAGCAGGCCUGCCACCAGCACAAGGAGAUGCUGGACGAUGCCACCUUCGGCCUGGAGGGCUGUGAGGAGGACUCAGACCUGCUCUGCAACAUCCCACCCAAAGCUGCCUUCCUCCUUUCCACGCCGCUCAAGCACAUCGGCGUCACCCGCAUGAACAUCAACUCCCGCCGCUUCUCCCUCUGCUGAGGCUGCCAGGCUCCCCCAGGCUGUCGAGGGGCACCGCCUGGCCCUGAACGUGGGCAGCUGUACCACGCAUCCCUGCAGAGACGCUCAGGCUGAAUGUAAGAACCCAACAGGCAGGUUAGAGGGAAAACAGUGCGGGGUUGCAGUAUUGCAGGCUGCUGGCUCUGGCAUCCUGCUGCCUUGCUUGCUCCUAUUGCCCAGAGGUGCCUCAUCUCUCCUUGCUGAGUGUCCCUUGUUGGCGAUACUGCAACAGCUUGCUUGAAACCAGACCUGGCAAGACUGGGCCAGGGCUGCCCUGAUCGCCUGGGACCUGAGGCAUGGAUGGAGCUGGGGAAGUUGGACUCGCCUCACUUCUGUCUUCAGUCCUCAGCUCAAUCCCUUGCAACUGGAGGGAUGUGCGCUGCAGAGGCUGGCGGGCAGCAGGGGAGCUGAGCCCUGCCUACUGCCAUCACAUUUGGCCUAUUGGCUGCCUCCUGUUGCCCUGCGGUGGCUUUUGCCCUCUCGCUCCUCAGUCCCUGCUCCUGGGGGGUCUCUGCUGUAUGGAGCAGCAUCUCCAGGAUGCACAGAGCUCUGCAUUUGCCAUAACCCCUGAGCCUGCACAAGGUGAGCAGCCCUGCAGCCAUGUGGCGUGCACAAGGCGAGCCAACUGUUCCCAGCAGCAUGUGAUGCUGUCAUGGGAGGGGAGGGAGCAUCGCUGCUGGAGCAUCUGCGGCUGCAGUGACGCAUGCCACGUUGCUGGAGGCUGCUUGCUGAUGCUGAAAAGCAUGAGCAAACUUUCCAUGCAGCAAGAAGAGAAGGCGGUGCAAAGGCGGCUUGCCUUCUGUGUGUCGCAUGUGCUAGUGGCCUCCUUGCCGCCCCCAGACUUGUCUGAUCCCAGGCUUGCACAGACGGGGCCUCCCUCCCCUGUGCCACACACCUACGUCGAAGCCCCUACUGCUGGCCUGACUCGGCCUGGGGAUUACUUCUGAUCAAGCCAUCUAAUCCAUAUUCCCCCAGCCUUGCGCUGAGUGGGCCAGUCCCCUCCCCCUCCACGCUGCUUCUUGGUAAUGGCGGAGGAAAAAGGCGGCGAGCACCUUGGGUUUGUCGCUUGCUUCCGCUACACGCUGCUGUUUCCAUUUGGUUUUGCUGAGGCCUCAGAUGAGAGGGGUGCCGGCUCUAUGGGGAGCCGGUGAACAGCCCCACCGAAGCAGGUGCCUUUGUUUGGCCACAUGCAUGGCAGCUUCUGUGUUUCAUGUUCUCUCCGGCUUGUGUGAUGACUUACCCGCAGCUGGGAGACUUCGGGUUUUUUUUCCUCAGCCCUGCAGGGGCUUGCAGUCCCCACCCUGACCCCUUGUUUGGGAAGCUGAUUUUUCCAGGGAACGUUUGUUCCUUUGGCUGAGAGUGAUGAACCCUGACUUGACACUUUGCCGCGGAUCUUGGAGCACGGUGCCAGAUCUGUGGAAGCUCACAGCCUCUGCUGAGGGCCAUCGACCAAAGAGGGAGGCUGCUGCUGAUGGAGGCAUGGGUUGAAAGUAGUACAGCCUGCUCCAAGACACCUGCAACUUGGGGACAGAGCUGGGAGGAGAAUCCAGGGGCCCUGUGUCCUGGCCCCCUGCUCGGCUCAGACCCUUAGUGAAGGAGCUGAACCCUGAAACCCUGGCUGCAAAUUUUCAGCCCUAAGUCCCGCAGCUUCUGUUAGAACAAAUUGCUGCUGGUGCAGCGAAGAAGCCUGCUAAGGAUCUUCUGGCUCCAAGCCUUCAAAGAAAAUACAGGAAGAUUGUCAGAGCUUCACAACACUGAGAUCCCAUUGACCUUUUUCAAACAAAAAAGCGUUCUUAUUUUGCCUUGAAAAAUGGACUGAGUCCCUGUCCCUCCCCGCCCCGAUGCUUUAUCAUAAAAGCAGUCAAUAUUUUUGCCAUUUUUCAGUGUUUUUGAUGAUAAAAGAGGAUGCUAGAUUUUUUUUUUAAUGAUCUGUGCUGGCAGAUGGGAAGUGGGUGCUGAUGGUUUUGUCGCUGCUUUCCAGUUGCAGAGAGGCUGAAAGCCUGACAUAUCCUUCGCAAAGCGAACCUGUCUUUUUUUGUACAGUUGCCAUAACAGCAAUAAAAAUGAUUGAUUGAU